CGAGCCCCUGAAUGCUACCGCGUUCAGCAGACACAACCGUUGAGCGCUCAGUGAUUCUUUAAUAUGAUUGGUUAAUAUCUUUAGAUCUAACCUAUUAUAUUAAAGAAUCACUGAUCGCUCGCUCAACAGUUGUGUCUGCUGAACGCGGUCAUUGGAAGCAUGUUUGCCAGUAUCGGCAUUGGCAACAUUUCAAACAAUUAAAGUUAAUUUUUAAGAGAUUUGAUAAUACGCCUAAAUUCCAAGAAAUCUGAUAUUACAAUAGCUAGUAUACAUCUGAUAUUACAAUAGAGUAGUACGAUUCCUAACUAAUCGAAAAUUUAAAAAUCUGAAAAAGAAGGUUAAAAAAUUCAAUUUAGAAGAAAUAGAAUUUGUUUAUACAUGUAUAUAUAUAUGUAUAUGUUAUUAUGAGUGAUAAAUCAAAUUUUUAUAAAAAAAGACGAAAAACCAAUAAAAUUAAUGAAAAAUGUAAUGAAAAACCAUAUCAAAGUGAAACAAAUGAUUAUCUAAAUAAUCUGGACAUUGGCAGAAAUGCAGAUAUUCCAUAUUAUGGAUGGAGAUUGUUUUUUUCUGAUAAAGAAUAUAAAGUCAACAGUCCUAUUACAAAGAAAAUUAAAGUCAUGGAAGAUUUUAUAGAAAGACACGAAGCAUUUUCUUCAUUAUUCACAAUGGCAAAUUUUGAAGCAGGAUUGUUUUUUGACAUCGACAUAUGUGAAUUGUACAAUGAUGAUGAAUUUAUAGAGCAAUGGCCAAAUUUUAGAGAUGAAUUAUAUGAGAAUCCAACAAACACGUUGAAUUGUAUAAAACUUAGCAUUCAUCAGAAAAUCUUAGAAACAGUACCGAAUGAAAAAUUGCAAUAUGUUCUGAAUUCUAUUAGCAAUUUACCAGCACUUAAAUUAGGUAUAUUAAAUUAUGAACCAAUUAUAAGUUUGCGAGAUCUUAAAUUAAACUGUUACGGGAAAUUGAUAUCCACUAGAGGCUGUGUGAUCAGAGUUGGCAGAGUAAGAUAUCUUGCGGAAUGGAUUGUAUUUGCCUGUUCUAAAUGCCAUUUGCAGAAAUUAAUCAAGCAGUGGCAGGAAACGUAUACAUUACCAAAAAAAUGUGAUGUCUGUGGAGUAUCAAAAUUCUAUCCAGUUUUAGAUUCUUCUUAUACAAAAACUGUUUUAUGUCAAAUUAUUAGAAUACAGGAGCCAUUGAAUGAUGAGCAGGAAAAUAAAGGCAGUGUACCUAAAGUGCUUGAUGUGGAACUUUUAGAUGAUUUAGUUAAUAUUUGUAUGCCUGGUGAUAAUAUAACACUUACAGGUGUUAUCAAGGUUCAAGGAAUCGACGAUGAUACAACUAAAAUACAAGUUGGGACUCCAUUUUCGUUAUAUAUGAAGGCAAUAACAGUCAUCAAUAACAAACACAGAUAUCAAAAUAAAAGUUCCAUGAAUACUGAAAUUUCUCUAAAAAAUUAUUUGGCUAUACAGGACAUAUAUAAUAAACCAAAUCUUUUUGCAUUGCUAGUUCAUUCUUUGUGUCCUAAUAUAUAUGGUCAUGAGAUAGUUAAAGCUGGAUUGAUAUUGAGUUUAUUUGGAGGUAAUGCAAAACAUGCGCAAUUACGAGACGACAUACAUAUUCUAUUAGUCGGAGAUCCUGGUCUUGGCAAGUCGCAGAUGUUGCAAGCAUGCGCUCGAAUAUCUACGAAAGGUGUGUAUAUUUGUGGCAAUUCGAGUACAUCCUCGGGAUUAACAGUAACACUGACAAAAGAAACGGGAUCAAAUGAUUUUGCUUUGGAACCUGGCGCUUUAGUUUUAGCAGAUCAAGGUUGUUGCUGUAUUGACGAAUUCGAUAAAAUGUGUUCUCAGCAUCAGGCAUUAUUAGAAUCAAUGGAGCAACAAAGCAUUACAGUUGCAAAGUCAGGUGUAAUAUGUUCUCUUCCUGCACGGAUAUCAAUUUUAGCAGCUGCUAAUUCUAUUGGAGGACAAUACGACAAGAGUAAAACAUUAACUGAAAAUCUUCAUAUUAGUCAACCUAUUCUUUCAAGAUUUGAUUUAAUUUUUUUAUUAUUAGAUAAACCAAAUAAGCAUUUUGACAAUCUAUUAUGUAAACAUAUCAUGACUGUUCAUAGCAAUUUACAUGCAAAUUCAAAUGAGGAAGUUACAGUUUUUCACAAUGAGUGUCCUUUGAGGAAGAAGUUGAUGCUGCCUUUAUCCACUGAAAUUAUACCACAGAAUAUUCUUCGAACUUACAUUUCUUACGCUCGAGAAUAUGUGAAGCCAAAAUUAUCUACUGAAGCUGCAACAGUAUUACAAAAUUAUUAUUUAGAACUUCGAUCGAAAAAUGAACAAUUUGGCAACAUACCGAUAUUCAACAGACAAUUAGAAGCUAUGAUUCGAUUAACUGAGGCUAGGGCAAAACUGGAAUUACGUAUGGAAGCAACUGAAUCGGAUGCAUUAGACGUGACAAAUAUAUUGCGAUAUGCAAUGAUAGAUACAAUAGAAGAUUCUAAUUUAACACCAAAAUUAUGUUCUGAUGGCAAAUUAACAAACAGAAAGAUAAAAAUGUUUAUGAAGAUAUUGGAAAAAAAAGUCAGUGCAGACAAAGAACAAAUAUUUUCAGUGAAAAAUUUGGAAGCACUUGCCACAUCCGAAGCUAUUGCAAUAAGUGAUUUUAAUGCUUUAAUUUCAAAAUUAAAUGAAGAAGGUGUUUUAUUAAAAAUUAGAAAAGAUACAUAUAAAUUUAUUUCUACCUCAUAAUGCAUAUAACAUUUAUAUAAAGUAUAAUACAAAAUAUAUUUUU